CUCUGGGGUUGAAAUAUUGAAUUUGCAAGUAUUUGAAUGACUUCCCAAUGAAGUUAAAACUUGUCAUUUUCACCCAAUGGCAUACACUGGGUAUAUGUUGCUUUAAAUUGAACCAAUCAAUGUUUGAUUUUUUAAAAGAAAAAAGUAAUUUUCAGCCAGUGGCAAUACACUUCAUGUAACGGUUGCUUUAAAUUUAACCAAUCAGUCAUCAGUUGUCCUAUCAGCGCGUGGGGGACAGUAAAUAAACUACUUUACUACUGCAGGGAUGUGCUGACACCACGAAGACUACAUUGGACUUUAUUUCGUUUUGGCACUCAAAUAGGUAAGUCAAGGUAGUAAAAGUGGACUUUUGUUUAUUUUUGGGGGAAAGCAAUAAGCGGUAGUGGUGUUUAUUUCGGACGUUUUCAAUGUGAGCUAGCAUAUCGAGCUACAGCCCCGAGUCGCCCAAAGCUCGAUCAGGCCGCCAGAAAUUAACCUUCACACCUAGCGAUGGAGAGGAUGAGCUGGCUCUCUUCACAUUCUGAACGCCCAAGCCGAGGAAAGCUUCCCGGCGACGCUACAGCGGUCGUACAACCGGGCCAACAAGGACGGGUCCAGUUCACCGCCUUCCCUGAUACACCUCGCAAAACAGUGAGGGAACUGCGAAUUUUUGCAACGCUGCACACGUCAGAGAGCCUUCUGCCCCGCGUGAUGGACUCCCCCAGUGCCAGGGGGUCCCUCUUCAAGAAUGUGGAGCCUGCGGCAACGUCCAUCAGAGACCGCUUCAUCAGGAGACAGUCCACACCCUUGGUCAACUGGAACCCCUUCAGCCCAGACUCCCUGCUCGUCAUGUCGGCCACGCAGCAGCGCAACAACGGGAAGAAAGCGCACCGGAACGUCUCGAUUGGUGAAGACAUGGAGACAAGUGAUGCUGAGGGAGACCAGGAAAUCCUGCCAGCAUCCAAGGUCAUGACCUUAACUUUAUUGAUGUGUCAUUGGGCUUUGUCUUUCCACUUAGUGUUUUCCACUGUCGUGAACUUUGGUGUUGGUGCUGGAUUGCGGCCGGGGUGGAACUGUGUUGCCUGCGAACUGACUAGAUAGAUACUUUAUUUAUCUCCAAGAGAAAUUCACAACACUAGUUUAAUUUUCCAUUGUCCUGGGGAGCCGUGUCAGUACGUCACAGGGGUUAUGCCUCCGAUCAGGAAGUAAAAACAGGAAAUUUGAAGUGUUGACCAUUUUUGUAUCAAAACACACAACUCCCUCUCACAAGUCCUUGACACUGCACAUUAUGGUAAAAACAUAAAUAUAAAGGUGCAAAAAUGUAAAAAUUAAGGUGCGAAAUGCAAAACAUUUUAACAUAAAGAUUGCACGUCAGUGAGUUUGUAGCGAGGGGAGGAUGAUCCAUUGCAUCACCAUUGUUUUCUGACAGAAAGAUAAAACCAUAUUAAACCAGAAGACAGUUGCAUAAUAAAUGUUACUUCUUACAUGACUACAGGCUUACAAUGAAACUAAUGAAAGGGGGGCGGGGAGGUUUUUCAUUCAUUUGACAAUAGCAACCUAGCAUGCUAAUGUUAACAGCAGGCUAGUAUUUACAGUAUUCCAUCGCGGUUCACCUUUCACAGAAUCGCUGUUUCCUGGACUUUUUUUUCAGCGUAUGAACUAGGGAGCCGUUAUAAACGAGUAUCCGUUGCAUAUUUGCCGAAUACAAGCAUGAAACGAGUACAUCUCGUCAUUAUCCGUAAUUGUGAUGAAAGAAAUUCCUCAUUACGCUCUGUGAUUGGCCAGCCACACACAGCGACCGCCCCUCCCGAGACACACUGUGCAGGCUGGAACCACAUAGGAGCUGAGCGGUGCCUCGUUCAUGUGCACGGUGCAAUUGGCAAGUUGAAAACGGACAAUUUAGAGUCGCCAAUUAACCUAACAUGCAUGUUUUUGGAAUGUGGGAGGAAACCGGAGCACCCGGAGAAAACCCACGCACGCACGGGGAGAACAUGCAAACUCCACACAGAAAUGCCCAAGGGAGAAUUGAACCAAGGUCUUCCCGAUCUCCAGACUGUUACUGUGUUGGCCAACAUGCUAACCACUAGACCACCGUGCGGCUGCUUUAAAACAUAUAAAUUUUGGGAAUCUGUCCCCCGCGAUAAAAGGAGGGAACACUGUACACCCAAAACUGUGCUGUGAACAUGAAAUUAAAGAUUUCGGUGGAGUUAUUUGCUAGCAUUCACCAGCUAGCUGCCAUGCUAAUGUAUGUAGCCCAAAACCUUGUCGAGCUCCUCAAAAUAUUACUCUCCUCCGACCACUGCCACCCCUGCCUAGGUCUUACUUUUGGGCUCUGUAGUUCUUUCAUUUCUUAAGUUUUAGUUUUUUUUAUUUAUUUGUUUAAAAGAGCGGAAAAAACACACAGCAGCCAUCUCGCCUCUUGAUGCAUUCCAGUAUUGGCUGAGUUCUUGUCGCCGUUUCAAAUUUCUUCUGGAUGUCCAAGAGACAGCUGGUUUCCUCUGGUGUCCAUUUUUCCAUUGCAGAAUAGCAAUGCAAUGUAAUAAAGAUGAAGGUAAUUUGCUGACUUUUUUUUUAGGUAACCUCACCCACCUUAU